CAGCGGCGGGGUGAAACGCACCACCUCCCCUCGCUACGCCCCCAUUUAUACCGAAGAAGCAUAGGAGGAAAAACAGAUGACGGGUGGGCUAUAUGCUCUAUCCUUCCCCAUAAAACAAUACCUGCCUGAUGCGUUUCUUAAUCUCACCAGAUCCACAGGGAAGCCGCUCUGGAAAACAGUCAAGACCACCCCCCUCCCUAAGGGAAAAAAACCUGCAUUGAUUGCGCACCGGGAGGGGGAGCAUAUAGCUAGUCUGAAAGGCGAGAUCUUACUUCCCAACUCCGUAGUCCUGAGGUUUUUGCAAUCCACCCAGCUUGAUGCAUUUCUAGAAACACACAGAUCUAUGUUUAUAUCUGGGAAAAAAAUGUAAAGGCUCCCGCUUACAUGGACGGCUUUUAUCUUCAGAGACUGAUGGCAUCCGCCGGCGGAUCACGCUCCAAAGCCUGCCGUGUUUUCUCGCUGGAAAAUGUCCCCCCCCCAAAGAAAUGUUGGGAAACGACGGCAUGAAGUGUGAGCGCAACACGGGGGAUUCUCCGAUAACCUGCCCGCCGAUCCUCCGCAUUUAAGCAAGAACGGGAGAUCAUUCGAACCCGUAUUGCAUCGCCGAACAGUGAGUAACAGCCUGGGAUACGACCCUGAUCAAGUCUCUUUUCUUUUUAUUAUUUUUUUAUUUCUUUGCGAUUCACCUUUAUACCAUCCAGAAUAUUCAUGGAGCUGGAGAACAUUGUGGCAAACACGGUACUACUGAAAGCAAGAGAAGGAGGAGGAGGGAAGAGGAAGGGGAGAAGCAAGAAGUGGAAGGAGAUUCUGCGCUUUCCUCACAUCAGCCAGUGUGUGGGGCUGGCGAGCGUCAUCGAGAGAGACUACUCCAGCCUGUGUGAGAAGCAGCCCAUUGGCAGACAGCUCUUCCGUCUUUACUGUGAGACCAGACCCAGGCUGAGGCGAUGUAUCCGUCUGCUGGAUGCCAUGGACGAGUACGAGGUGACGCCGGACGAGAAGAGGAGGGCCCAUGGGGAGGAGAUUGUCCAGCGGUUCCUCACCACGCAGUCCCCGGAGUGUGUACCAGAGGUGGCCCAGCCUCACAGGCAGCUCUGCCAGCAUAACCUGGAUCUCAGUGCCAGCAAGGAGAUCUUCAGCGACUGCCGCAGGGCUCUCCAUGACUACCUGAGCGAUGCCCCCUUCGUCGACUAUCAGGACAGCAUGUAUUUCGACCGUUUCCUGCAGUGGAAGAUGCUAGAACGACAGCCAAUCACAAAAGACACAUUUCGGCAGUACCGGGUUCUAGGAAAAGGUGGAUUCGGGGAGGUGUGCGCCUGUCAGGUACGCGCCACGGGAAAGAUGUAUGCCUGCAAGAAGCUGGAGAAGAAGCGCAUCAAGAAGAGGAAGGGUGAAGCCAUGGCCCUCAACGAGAAGCGGAUCCUGGAGCAGGUGAACAGCAGAUUCGUGGUCAGCUUGGCGUAUGCUUAUGAGACUAAAGACGCCCUCUGUCUGGUGCUGACCAUCAUGAACGGUGGGGACCUCAAGUUCCACAUCUACAACAUGGGCACUCCAGGCUUCGAGAAGGAGAGGGUGCAGUUCUAUGCUGCUGAGAUCUGCUGUGGCCUGGAGCACCUGCAUAGGGAGAACAUCGUCUACAGGGACCUGAAGCCUGAGAAUAUCCUGUUAGAUGACAAUGGACACAUUCGGGUAUCGGACCUGGGGCUGGCUAUCAAGGUGCCCGACAGCGAGCUGAUUCGGGGCCGAGUGGGGACCGUGGGAUACAUGGCCCCAGAGGUCAUCAAGAAUGAGCGGUACGCCAUGAGCCCCGACUGGUGGGGCCUCGGCUGUCUGGUGUACGAGAUGACGGCGGGCCGCUCGCCCUUCCGCGCGCGUAAGGAGCGCGUCAAGAGGGAGGAGGUGGAGCACCGGGUGCUGGAGGAGGAGGAGGAGUACAGCGACAAGUUCACCGAGGACACAGAGGCCUUCUGCAGGAUGCUGUUGACUAAAGACCCAAAGCAGAGGUUGGGGUCAGGUGGAGCAGCGGACGUGAAGGCCCAACCCUUCUUUAAGAACAUCAACUUCAAGAGGCUGGAGGCUGGGAUGCUGGAACCUUCAUUUGUACCAGAUCCCAGAGCCGUCUACUGCAAAGACGUCCUGGACAUUGAGCAAUUCUCCACCGUCAAGGGUGUCAACCUGGACCAGACUGACAAUGACUUCUACGUCAAGUUCAGCACCGGAAGUGUCUCCAUCCCGUGGCAGAAUGAGAUGAUUGAGACGGAGUGUUUCAAAGACCUGAACGUGUUCGGCCCGCAGGGGUCCCGUCCCCCUGACCUCGACUGGAACCUCCCCCCUGAGCCCCCCCGACGCAGCUUCCUGGAUAGGAUAUUGAGGCGAAAUCAUCCGGAUGUUUCCAUGGUCCAGAGCAAGGCCACAUCUUCCAGCGUGAACUCGGUAGACUCGAUAUCGAACUCUGUGCCCUAGUGAUGAACCACGGUCCGGAAAUAAAGGCAAGCGCUCCAGGAAGACCCCGGUGGGACAGGUUGACGGAGCCGAGAGGAUGUGCGAGCCCGUGGGAAUGCGGAGCAGCAGCAAGGGAACGAACUAGAUACGCACCCAAGAAAGACGCAAACUACAGACGCAACUGGUGUAUCCUCAGGACUGCCGAAACGGAAGAAAAGGUUGCCGAUGUUUAAAGAGAAAAAGAAUAUCAGGGCAUUGAUUUAAAAAAAGACCACUGCAGGGAAUAAAGUCUGUGUCCUUAAUAUUAUUAUUAUAUUUUUUAUUAUUGUUGUUAUUAUUAAUAUGGUUCAUACUGUUUUUUAAAAUAUUUUAAGACGUUUAAAUAAAAGCGCGCACACACUCGCUUAACAAAGGCUAGUCCCGCCUUGCAUAAUCUCAGGCCAGAGAUUUUUAUUUUUUUGUUAUUAUUGUCAUUGUUGUUGUGGCUCCGUAUCAUGUACAUUUUUUUAAACACUGCAUACGCUUUCAAAAAAAUUGCGACGCUAGCAGGUCGUUGUGGGAACAGGUCAGUUGUUUGUUUAUGAUGAUGUCAUAGAGGGGAAAAAGUGGGAAGUCUGGGGACUGGAGGAGAUGUGGACAGGUGAGGUGCCACCUGAGAGGAGUGCUAGGGAAGUUUUAGGACGAGGUGAGAACUGGAGAGUCUGGCGGUAGACAGACGGUACUGGAGGAACCGCCAGAUGGACCAGCGUGAAGUAACAGUGUGUUCCUCUGGCUGACACCUGGGACCUUCAGGGGUUUAAGCUGCCUGCGAGGGGGAGAGAGAUGAGCCAAAUGGAAGAUGUCAGCCAAAAUAAAGACUCCAGACUUGAGCAAAAAUAAACACUUUUGACUGA